AUGCUGUUUUCACUCAGAUUUGGGUUACUUGUAUUUAUUAUUAUUUAUGUAAACGGUGAAACUAGUGAUAUAGGUACUACAAAUACAAUAAAACAAGUAGAAAAUGAUGAUUCAACAGAUGAACGUCUUACCAUCGAAGAAGCUCAAACUGAAGAAUUAAUAACCACCACAACGGAAGCAGAUUAUAUUUCAUUGGAUCAAGAUCAGUUAUCAUCAAUGGAAAUUUUAAGACCUCCAUGUGCUGGCACUAGUACUCGUCCAUCAAAAAGAUUUGCAUAUUUAAAAGAUAGUACAAAAUAUGUUCAAUGUCGUGAUGAAUUUCAUUAUGAAAUUGUACCAUGUCCCAAUGGUGGUGAAUAUGAUGAAGAUACAGAUACAUGUACUGUUGUUGUUCCAAAGAUUAAUAAAUGUGAAGAAAACAAUCCAUGUUUAAACAAUGGUCAAUGUAUACCAUUAGAGGAUUCAGAAGUUAAAUGUUCAUGCCAUCCAGAUUGGACUGGUGAACGAUGUGAAACACCGAAGAAUUCAUGUGUGAAAAAACCUUGUGGCCCAAAUGCUCACUGUCGCAUACUAAAAACUAUUGAUUAUGAUCAAGAUUAUGUGUGUAUUUGCCAUAGUUCUACAACCUAUGGUCUUAGUUGUCACGAAGUUGUGCCUAAUCCAUGUUUAACAAGUGAUGACCAAUUUUUUCCAUUCGUAUUUAGCCAACGUGCCUAUGUUCAGUGUCAUGGAGAACUUCUUCAUUUUCAAAGAUGUAGUUCAUUACUUUUUUGGAAUCAAGAAGAAAUGGUUUGCGAUCGUAAACGACCAACAAAACAUUUUGCACCAACAUCAGCAACAAAAUUAAUAACAACGAACCAUAAGGGUCAUCAAGGAAAACACGUAGAGAAGAUCAAAGAAGAAAAAAUUAUUACAACAAUUAUGGCAGUUGAACAGAAUAAAAAAGAAAAUGAUGAAACUACAACGUUUAUACCUGCAAGAGUAGCAAAUAGAGAAGAAUUACUAUCGAAUUUUGCAGCUGAAAAGGAAAAAGAAAAACAACAACAGUCAGAACCAACAGUAGAAUCUGUCGAAACAAUUCAAACAACGGAAAAUACGAUAAUAGAACCAGUGCCUACUCUAUCAACAGUAAACCAAUCAUUACCACCAGCGACUACUGAAGAACAAUCAACAUCAACUUCAACUGAAGCAUCAGUUUUACCUUCAAUUGAGGAAUCAAUUUUACCUUUCACUGAGGAAUCAAUUUUACCUUCCACUGAGGAAUCAAUUUUACCUUUCACUGAGGAAUCAAUUUUAUCUUCCACUGAUGAAUCAAUUUUACCUUCAACUGAGGAAUCAGUUUUAGCGUCAACUGAAGAAUCGGUUGUAACUUCUACUACUGAUUCAUCACAGAUUGACGAAGACGAUAUUCCAUAUGUCAAACCAGUUUAUCCAACGGAAAUAUUCUUAGAUCCAAUUCCAGAACCAAUACAACCCACAUAUCAAUAUUAUCCUACGCAAGCACAGUCAUGGCAGCCAUAUCACAAUUAUCAAAAUCAACCAAUAUUUGGAUAUAGAUACCCCUCAACACCUACACCAACAGAUAGAUUUUCUUUUUCACAAGGUUUUCAACAUUAUCAAAGACCAAUACAAUCAUGGCAUGGUUACCAAACUCAACAAUGGCUACAAGGCCAAAAUCAACCAAAAGUUGUUGAAACAACCACAUUCACACCACAAUUAGUUCUUCCACAAGGUUUUUUUUGA